AUGGCGGCCAGGCAGAUGCCGGCGUGGGCGCGCGCCGCGUUCAGGACGCAACCCCAAGCGACUCCGCCGCCGAAACCUCUCUGGGUCGGAGGAGGGUUCCGACAGCACCUCAGUUUAACCCUCUGCUCCGCUUCUAAGGAAGACGGCGGAGGUUCUGGGCUCCGCUCGCAAGGCGGACUAGAAGGAGCAGCGAGCAGUCGGGCGAGCGAAGAGUUAACAGCGGCCGAGAGGCGGAUCGCAGACCUGCACGCCGCCGCGUGCGCGGCUGGCCAGCUAAACUAUACAGAUCCCGCUACUGGCUAUACGGUGCUCACACAGCUUGCCCACUUGCAGAGAGGCACAUGCUGUGGCUCCGCCUGCAGACACUGUCCGUAUGGUCAAGUCAAUGUUAAGGAUCCAUCAAAAAGGAAGAAAUUCAACUCAUAUUUUUAUGUUUGACAACAAUUUCAUCUCUGUCCCCCAUCUAACUGAGCCUGUAUUUAAAAAAACAAAAACAAAAACAAAAACAAAAACCCAAAAAUUUGAAUCUGGAAUUGCUCUCUGUGCGGUUCGUCCUUGAGCACUAGUUUAAUCAUAAGUACAUAUAUUAAAAGAACAUCAAUGAAAUGAAAAAGCUAGCAAAUGUUUGUGUGUUUCUAAAGUGGCACACUGAUAGUUAUUUUCCUUUCUUUUUGCUUCAUUAU